UAAUACGAUGGAAAUGCUUGUUUAUUUUUACACAAAGAAUUAAAUCUUGGCGAAAUAUUUAAUACUUUUAACUGUUGUCAAAUUGCCCCACAUGUGGCAGUGAUUCUCAGUUUAAGAAGCUUUAGUCUAAGAUACGGUCUCCACGCCCUUAACUUCUGAAUCUCUUUCUAUUUCAUGGCUCAAUAAGGAAAAAAAGAUCCAGCCCCAGAGCCAGUCAGGGUUAUACUUCCGGCUUUUCUAGGCCGCUCUUCUCUACUCCUCUCGAGCUCUGUUCUCUUCCCUUUGAAAUCUCUUCCGAAUGAGGUCAGCGCUUGCGAGUCAUGUAGGUUCUCGGUGGAAGAGCCUUUUAAGCGGCGAUUUGGGAUGCUGCCCAGGGGAAAAGGGGUGCAGUUGUAGAUACCGCCAAACUCUUUGCCGUGUGAAGAGUGGCAAUGAGCUGAAUUAAAAAAGAAAUUGGAGAGAAUUAGCAGCCAGAGGCGGAGGGUACCUGGACUGAAGAACAAGCAGCGGAGCAGGGUGACUGGCUGCCCUGGAGGGGAGAUGAUGAGUUAGUUUGUAUGUCUUCCAGGGCUUACACCUUUUUUGCCCGGUGCUUAGCAGUCGCCUGCAGGAGGCGCUGAACUCGGCGGGUGUGGAAAGUAUCUCCUUCUCCGUCUCUCCCUUCCUCCUGACUCCUAGGUUUGACCUCCUCUUAUGUAGGUCGUGUUUGGGAGAAUUUGGCUCUUUAUUUCUCCACGAUGCGGAACAGUUACAGGGCAGUAGCUGCCCUGGACACACUUCGGCCGGAGGUGUCCAGCGCAGAUAGAAUGCCCAAUGUCACCGACCAGCUUCUUCCUUCUCCUUCCUCAUCCUCCGCCUCUGCCCAACUCGCGGCCCCGAUAAGUGUCCAAAGCCGGGAGAACGGUUCUCAGAUCCAAGUGUCCAUCAUUCUUCCUGUUCACAAUGCUGAGUGCUGGUUGGAUGACUGUUUACAGUCUGUUUUGGAACAAGAUUUUGAAGGCACUUUAGAACUUUCCAUCUUUAAUGAUGCCAGUAAGGACAAGUCAAUGAAUAUAAUUAACAAAUGGAAGAUUAGGUUAGAAACUUUAGGCAUCAGAGUAAUCAUUGGAGGUCAUGAUUCUCCUUUUCCCCGAGGAGUUGGAUUUUCUAAAAAUCAAGCAAUAGCACAAAGUUCGGGCUCUUACCUUUGUUUUUUGGAUUCGGAUGAUGUGAUGAUGCCUCAAAGAGUGAGAUUGCAAUACAAAGCUGCCAUUCAAUAUCCAAAUAGUAUUAUAGGGUGCCAAGUGAAGAGAGAACCCCCAAACUCAACUGAACGCUAUACUCGUUGGAUCAAUAAUCUAACAUCUAAGCAACUUACCACACAGGUGUUUACUUCUUAUGGACCAACAGUGAUCAUGCCUACCUGGUUUUGCUCCCAAAAAUGGUUUUCUCAAGUUGGAAAAUUUGAUGAGAGUGGAAAGGGUGUGCCUGAGGAUUUGUUAUUCUUUUAUCAUCAUCUCCGAAAGGGUGGUGGAGUCUUUCUAGUUGAACAGUGCCUUCUCCUUUAUAGAUACCACCCAUAUGCAGCAACACACUCAGUCCUAGAAAGCACCAUCUGGCAACACCGAGUUCAGUUCCUAGAAGAAAGGGCUCUUCAGCAUUGGACAUCAUUUACCAUCUGGAAUGCUGGCAAACAAGGAAGAAAACUCUAUAGAAGCUUAUCCCCAAUAAACCAGAAAAAGGUUGUUGCAUUCUGUGAUGUUGAUGAAAACAAGAUCAAGAAGGGUUUCUACUCUUAUGAAGACUCUAAGGAAAGGCCCAAACCAAAGAUUCCAAUACAGCAUUUCAAGGAUGCCCACCCUCCUUUUGUGAUUUGUGUAAAGCUGGAUCUCACUGGUGGGACAUUUGAAAAAAACUUGGAGUCACUGAAUCUACAGGAAGGGCUAGAUUAUCUUCAUUUCAGUUGACUUUGUCAUUAUGUUUUUUACAUUAAAAGCUACAAAAAUCCAAUUACAAGGUACUCUAGAAAAUGGAAUUGAUCUAGCCCUAGACAGGGACCAAGGAAGAGCUAUGCUUCAAAUCCAACAGAACUUUUGCUUCACCUGAAUUAUUAUUGUGGAAGCAGUGCGCAUUUUGGAACUACCUCAUUUGUGGCAUUUCAACAGGCAUAAUCUGAAUCAAAUCAACUUCACCCUAUCCUCUUCUCUGGUUGCAAGUGCAGAGGAUGGGAGCCUCAGGUGCACUGAAUGUUCUUCAGAAGAUGAGGCAGCCCCUGCAUACUGUGAGGAUAUUGAUAAAGGUGGAGCUAAAAUAUUACCUAUUCCUAACCCAUUUUAUCUUUCAAAAAUAAGAGAGAUAAACUAGCAUGAUGCAUAAAGCAGUUGACAUUGAGUCAGGAGGCCUGGAGUCAGAUCCAGUUUGAAACUUGUUCUUACUGUGUGUGAGCCUGGUAACUUCUCAACUUCUCAGGACUUCAUUUUCCUUAUAUUUACAUAAGAGUGAUAAUUAUAAUACUUUUAUGACCUA